AUGUUUAACUGGUUCAAUCUGUUCAAUCUGAUCAAUCUGCUGUUCAAGUUACUCAAUCUGUUCAAUCUGUUCAAUCUGUUCAAUCUGUUAAAGAUGUUCAAGCUACUAGAGCUGUUCAAGAUGUUCAAGCUAUUCAAUCUGUUCAAUCUGUUCAAUCCGUUCAAUCUGUCCAAGUUUUCCAAUGUAUUCAAUCUGGUUCAAUAUAUAUUCAAUCUUUUCGAUCUGUUCAAUCUGGUUCAAUCUGUUCAACCUGUUCAAUCUGUUCAAUCUGUUGAAGCUGUUCUAGCUACUCAAGCUGGUCAAUUUGCUCAAUCUGUCCAACCUGUUCAAUCUGUUCAAUCUGUUCAAUUUUUCAAUCUUUUCAAUCUACUCAAUCUGUUCAAUCUGUUCAAUCUGUUCAAACUGUUCAAUCUGUUCAAUCUAUUUAACCUGUUAAAUCUGCUCAAUCUGUUCAAUCUGAUCAAUCUGGUUCAAGCUGUUCAAGCUACUCAAGCUGUUCAAUCCGUUGAAUCUGUUUUCAAUAUGUUCAAUCUGUUCGAUCACAUUCUGUUCAAAUUGUUCAAUCUGUUCAAUCUGUUCAAACUGUUCAAUCUGUUCAAUCUGUUCAAUUUGUUCAAUUUUUUCAAUCUGUUAAAUCUGUUCAAACUGCUCAAUCUGUUCAAUCUGGUUCAAUCUAUUCAACCAGUUCAAACUCUAUUCUUGCUACUCAAGCUGUUCAAUUUGCUCAAUCUGUUCAACCUGUUCAAUCUGUUCAAGCUGCUCAAGUUGCCCAUGCUGUUCAAUCUGUUCAAUUUAAACAAUCUGCUCAAUUUAAACAAUCUCUUCAAUCAUUUCAAUCAGUUCCCUUUUUUAAUUUUUUUUUUCAAUCCGUCCAAAAAGCUCAUGAGUUUGCUCAGCUUAAUCACUUAA